GUGAAUAUUUGUGAAAGUGAAUGCUUCGUGGAUGCGAAAGCAAAAAUAGAAAUAAUCCAAAAAAGUGAAUUAAAUCGUUGUGCAGUGUUCCUCCCUUACACGGAGCGUCAAAGUUUUCGAGUUUGCGAAAAGUGCUCUGUUACGGUGUAUACGUUGGAUGAACGGUUGCCAAAGGAAAAUUGUCAUAUCAGAUCGUCAUCGUCGGACUAUCGGAUCGUAGCAGUUGCUUCGGAAUUAUUGGAUCGAAUUAACACAAGAUCACCUUACAUCAUAUCGACGUCGCAGUCCCUCCCGCCGGUCCACAUGUCGUAGCGCAUCGGAAAAGUUCCCUAAGGAAACACUAUGAUUGCACCGGACUCAUCGAAGCGAACACCACGACCACCGCCACCUCCUCCGGCCAAGAAUCAGUGCAAUUUGUCGUACGGAAAUUUGCAUACUUGUAGCAUAAACUUUCCCUAGAACUGCGCGCUUUGCGGCAAACGACGACCGACGACCUUCCGCGCCACGGUCGGGAAAGGGCCACAAGGGUUUCGAAAAGUUUCUCUCGCGACUCUUGUCGAAAGCCUCCAAAAACAUCAAGCCAGCGGAAGAAAUUCUCGAACCAAUAGAGAACGGGAGCGAGGAAAUUCUGGUGAAUGUUGUUUCACAAAGUUUCGAUGUAAAGCAGCAGCAAACUCGGGUGUUGUGUUGUCCUGGGUGGUUAAUGAAAAAAGUUUCCCCGAGUGCACGCUCAGAAUCAUCCGUGCCGUUGAGUCCGUGGAAGGACAUGCUGUAGAUAAAUGCGUCAGAACGGCGCCUCUGUUCCGGAAACGGCGGAAAGAUGUAAUACCAAUUAAUAACGGAGUGGUACAAGCGCGCGAAAGGGAAGCGAAGAAAUUCUCGUAAGAUAGAAGCUACGGCGCAACGAUAAGAGUCUCUUGUCCAUUAGCAGCGCAGCGCUAGGGAAGUAGGAACACCCACGGGCGCACUUGCUCCAUCACAUCUCUUCCCGGCAGCAUCCUUCGGGUCUCGGGUGGCCGGCCCUGGUAAAGAUCGAUUACACACCGCCCCUCUCCAAAUGAGGAUUCCUUCAACGAUCAUCAUCAUCAUCGCUCGUUCAUGUUUGUUGUCAUCGUCAUCCCGGGCUGUUAGUAGUGUGGGGCCAUCGCAGUUGCUUUCUUCUUGUUCCUCUCGCUCCUCCACCUGCUGCCCCGUUACAUCAUUCGUGCGUCGCGAGACGGUUCCGGGCCUUCUCCUCCCGUGGCUGCACGCCGAUAGCCGCACGUGAAAGCAAGCCACUUUCAGAGGCGUCGACAGCUGAUAUACUAGAACCGUUCACUCCCAGUUCUCCCGGCGGUGAGAGCGGGUGAAACGCGAAGCGAUAAGGGAGUAGAUCGCACUAUCAUAUUCGCGCAUCAAGUGACAUCAGUAGUAAGCAACCGCAUACUUCCGUGGUUUUACUAGUCGGUUGGUGCAUUGGUACUACUUGAUCUUUGUGCCGACGACCGCUGACGCCGCCUAACGAUGGGCAACAAAUGCUGCAGCAAGCGACAGGACCAGGAACUAGCGCUUACGUACCCCGGCGGCUACAAGAAGGGUGAGAACAGCUUCAACUCGAACCUGUCCGGGCCGAAGCACAACAAUGGUGGCUCGAUCGAUUCCCGCUACACACCGGAUCCGAACCGGGGCCAGCUGAUAAAGCACCCGAAGGGCGGUGUGGACAUCAUCAGACCUCGCACGACACCACUUUUGCCUGGCCACAACACGCGUCGAAUAGUGGUCGCACUGUACAACUACAAUGCACGAGAGGAAACGGACGUCAGCUUCGUCAAGGGUGACCGCAUGGAGGUCCUGGACGAUACCGAGUCGGACUGGUGGCGUGUGGUGCAUCUCAAGACCCGCCAGGAAGGGUUGAUCCCGUGGAAUUUCGUAGCUGAAGAUCGCAGCGUCAACAGUGAAGACUGGUUCUUCGAGAAUGUGUCACGAAAGGAAGCGGAUAAACUGCUGCUGGCGAACGAAAACCCUCGUGGCACGUUCCUCGUCCGACCAUCCGAACACAAUCCGAAUGGGUUCUCGCUUUCGGUGAAGGAUUGGGAGGAGAGCCGUGGUUAUCACGUGAAGCACUAUAAGAUAAAACCAUUAGACAAUGGGGGUUAUUACAUUGCGACAAAUCAGACGUUCCCGUCGUUACCCGCGCUGGUGAUGGCGUACUCAAAGAAUGCCCUCGGACUAUGUCAUGUUCUGUCCAGCCCGUGCCCAAAACCACAGCCCCAGGUGUGGGACCUCGGGCCAGAACUGCGUGACAAGUGGGAAAUCAAUCGCAACGAGAUCCAAUUGAUCCGCAAACUCGGCCACGGAAACUUCGGUGAAGUGUACUACGGUAAAUGGCGAAAUAACAUCGAGGUGGCGGUGAAGACGCUACGCGAAGGCACCAUGUCGACGCAGGCAUUCCUACAGGAGGCUGCCAUCAUGAAGAAGUUCCGCCACAGCCGGCUGGUUGCGCUGUAUGCCGUCUGCUCGAAGGAGGAACCGAUCUACAUUGUGCAGGAGUACAUGUCCAAGGGUUCGCUGCUCGACUUCCUGCGCACCGGCGACGGACAGUUCCUGCAGUUCGAGGACCUGAUCUACAUCGCGGCCCAAGUAGCGUCCGGCAUGGAGUACCUCGAGCUGAAGCAGCUGAUCCAUCGUGAUCUGGCCGCGCGGAACGUGCUGAUCGGCGAAAACAACGUGGCUAAGAUCUGUGAUUUCGGGUUGGCGCGCGUGAUAGCGGACGACGAGUACUGUCCGAAGCAAGGCUCCCGGUUCCCAGUCAAGUGGACCGCCCCGGAGGCGAUCGUGUACGGUAAAUUUUCGAUCAAGUCGGACGUCUGGUCGUACGGCAUUCUGCUGAUGGAGCUGUUCACGUACGGCCAGGUGCCGUAUCCGGGCAUGCACAGCCGCGAGGUGAUCGAGCAGAUCGAACGAGGGUACCGCAUGCCGAAGCCUACCAACCACCACCUGCCGGACGACAUCUACAGCCUGAUGCUGAAGUGUUGGGACGCAAUACCGGACAAGCGACCGACGUUCGAGUUUUUGAACCACUAUUUCCAGAACUUUACCAUCACCUCCGAGGUGCCGUACCGAGAGGUGCAGGAUUAAGCCCAUUCCCGGCGCCGCCAAACUGACUCGGGAUUGUACUUCACCACAGAACAAAAACCAAUAACCAUCAGAUCAUCUAUCCGUCUCUCUCCCAUUCCAGUCCAUCGUGAAAGGACGCCUGCGAAUCGUGGUUUAGGGAUGGAAAUGGAUUAAUCAAGUUUUUCUCACGAAGAAAAUCUGUUACCAAUGAAGACUACGGUAUGGUCAAUAAUGUAGGCACACAUUUUUCGUAAACUCUCUUCCUACGAUUCGUUUUCAUACUACACUUAGUUCGAAGUACUAUGAACGGACAAUUAUGAACUCAAGGUUGUCCAACGUAAACGAAAUUCUAUUUUUCCAACAAAUCAUUCAUUUUACUUUAAUUUUGAAAUGUGAACUAAUUUAUCCAAAAUUAUCUCUCAUUGUUCUCUCCCCAUGUUGCCAAUCUAUUUUAAUACCGAUGUCAUGAUGAAACUCUAGGGUUGGUUGAAAAUAAUGCAUCUAGAAAAAAAAAUCCAAGUCUCAGUUAGUUUUAGAACUGGCUAGAGAAAAUCAAAUAGAUUGAACGUAAAAUAAUUUUUAAAACUUUUAAUAAACGCAAUGGAUUAAAAGGAGGUUUGCUGGCGUGCUUUUACGGGCUCUGGUGAGAGAGAUGAGAAUUAGAAGAGUGGUACAGACUUUUCCUGAACGUUACUAGUUUUAAUUAUCGUAAAGCUUAAGGACAUUAGCGAUUAAUGACACUUGGGGAUUUUUUCCCCCAGGAAACUUGGCUAGCGAGUAGAGGACGACGACUUGAGGAGAGAGAGAGUGAAAACAAUGAGAAGGAUACGAGAAAUCUACAAGGACAAAGAAUCGGUACAUCCUAUCGAUUGGGAGUCGACUUAUCCUUUACUCUUCACCAGUUUCCCGAUUUUUCUCAAUUUCCGCCCGUCCUAUCGUGUCUGGUGAAAGAGCGCAUCCGUAAUGUGCGACGUGGAGUAAGAAAUAAAUAAAUAAAAAAACAAGAAAGAGAUACAGCGAAGGUGAAGCGAAAAAGGAAAAAAAACCAAAGUUCAAAUGUUAUUCUUCUAAUUCUAAACUUGUGUAAUCGUAGGUUUUGAGAUUUAUUUUAAAUGAAACAAAAAAAGCAAGUGUAUAAGCGUGUAAUAGUUGGAAAACGAUAAUCCGCGUCC